AUGGGGAAUAUGGAUGGCAAAUCUGUUGAAGAACUGAGUGCCACAGAAUGUCACCAAUGGUACAAGAAGUUUAUGACAGAAUGUCCCUCUGGACAGUUGACUCUGCAUGAGUUUAAACAGUUUUUUGGAUUGAAAAAUCUGAGUCAACCAUCAAAUGAAUACAUUGAACAAAUGUUUGAGACAUUUGAUUUUAAUAAGGAUGGCUACAUUGAUUUUAUGGAGUAUGUGGCAGCUCUAAGCUUGGUUCUAAAAGGGAAAGUGGAACAGAAAUUAAAAUGGUACUUCAAGUUGUAUGAUGUCGAUGGGAAUGGCUGUAUUGACAGAGAUGAGUUGUUAAACAUCAUUAAGGCAAUUCGCACCAUUAAUCCAUGUCAAGAAAUCAUGUCAGCUGAGGAAUUCACAGAUAUGGUGUUCAAUAAAAUUGAUAUAAAUGGAGAUGGUGAUUUGUCUCUUGAAGAAUUCAUAGAUGGAGUACAGAAAGAUGAAGUUCUACUUGACAUUCUCACCCGUAGUUUAGAUCUGAAACACAUCUUUGAAAUGAUCCAGAAUGAUGGAAAGAACCCUGAAACAUCUGGAACAUCCACAAAAAAUGAAUAGGAAAACUAUUGUUUUUUAAAUAAAAAAUAUUACAAAAACUCAACACUAAAAUUGUAACAACUUAGAAUAUUUGUGUUGUAUGUAAAAGAGGCACUGUCUAUUAUAAACACACUGUAUAAUUGUUAUCACCAACUGAUGAAGACAUCAGAUUGACCUAGAAAAUUAAGGCAGUUAUCAAUGCUUCUGGGUCAGAGGAACACAUAAAAAUGGAAGAAAAUUCUUAGUUUAUUUGGUCUUUAAAGCAUCAGUGAGGAACAUAAGUAUAAGAGUAUUUUGAGACAGAUCUACAAGAUGCCUUACGUUGUUUUGACUGCUUCUUGUGGUUGCUUCUUAUGGUGAGGACACAAGUAAGUUAGAAGAGAAUUAAAUUAAGUUGAAAAAUACAGCUUUGGUUAGAAGGUCUGUUUUUUGAUUAUCCUAAGCAGCAGUGGAACUACUGAUUACCUUCUACUUCGUGAAUAUCUAAAAAUGGUUCUUUAAAAUCAGUGCUGCAAAUCCUAUUUACUCAAAUUGACCUUGAGUCUAUAAGUCUAUUACAAAUCCUUUGA